AAUUGGUGUAGCUGCCAAUUACUAUUCGCCAAGAAGUGAUUCGGAAAAGUCAACUAGUGCACAGCCUUGCAAACCAGUCUUUAGCAUCCUAGUACAUUGGUUUGUUCACCGCAAAUGGCUUCCAUUUUGCGCCGUUCGAGCCUUCUGCUGGCCGAUAUUGCGAGCAAAUCUUCCCCUAAGGUCCUUGCCAGUGGAUGCCAGAAGCGCCACUUGAACGUCCAGGAACAUGUGUCCUACAGUUUUCUGAAUGAAGCGGGCAUCCCAACGCCGAAGUUCGGUGUGGCAACAUCCGGAGGGGAAGCCGAAAAGAUUGCGUCGGACCUGAAAACAAAGAACCUUGUCCUGAAGGCCCAAGUGCUUGCCGGCGGACGCGGUAAAGGAAGCUUCAAGAAUGGUUUGAAAGGCGGUGUACGAGUGGUGUUCUCACCGCAGGAGGCUAAAGACAUCUCUAGCAAAAUGAUAAACCAACUGCUUGUGACGAAGCAAACCGGCGCUGCCGGGCGCAUCUGCAACUCGGUGAUGGUGGCGGAGCGUAAGUUUCCGCGUCGCGAGUUCUACUUUGCCGUAAUGAUGGAGCGUGCGUUCAAUGGACCAGUGCUUAUUGCGUCCUCGCAGGGUGGCGUUAACAUUGAGGAAGUGGCUGCCGAGAACCCGGAUGCAAUCGUUUACGAACCAAUCGACAUUAACAAGGGCUUGCAGAAGGAGCAAGCUGUGCGGAUCGCCAAGAAAGUUGGCCUCGAGGAUAAGCUAGAGGAGACGGCUAAAAUGCUGCUUAAUAUGUACGAUCUGUUCGUGAAGAAAGACGCACUACUGAUUGAGAUAAACCCAUACGCUGAAGAUGCCGCGGAAACAUAUUUUGCACUCGACGCAAAAAUGCGCUUCGACGAUAAUGCCGAGUUUCGCCAGAAGGAGUUAUUCGCCAAACGCGAUCUGUCGCAGGAGGACAAGAAAGAGGUGGAAGCUUCCAAGUUCGAUCUGAACUACAUCGCGCUGGACGGAUCGAUUGGGUGCCUUGUGAACGGUGCCGGACUGGCGAUGGCGACGAUGGACAUUAUCAAGCUUCACGGGGGCGACCCGGCCAACUUCCUCGAUGUCGGUGGAGGCGCGAGCGUGAAGGCGGUGAAAGAAGCGUUCAAGAUUAUCACUUCCGACCCGAAGGUGCUUGCGAUUCUGGUGAACAUUUUCGGCGGCAUCAUGCGUUGCGACGUUAUCGCGGAGGGUAUUAUUCAGGCAACGAAGGAGUUGAACAUCAAAAUGCCGAUCAUUGUGCGGCUGCAGGGCACGAACGUCAACGAGGCUAAGGAACUGAUCAAGAAGUCGAAGCUUCGCAUUCUCCCGAAGGAUGACCUGGACGAGGCGGCCAUGCUGUCGGUACAUCUGGCCCAGAUUGUGCAUCUGGCACGUGAGGCCCACCUGGAUGUUAGUUUCGAGCUCCCGGAUACCUACGUCGUCUAAACGUGACUGGAGCGACUAAACGGACGAGGGAGACAGGAAACAUCCUCCGUAUGAAUGCGCAUGGUGCAGGCACUCAGAAUCAAUGGGGUUGCCAACUCUCGCUGUUUGUAUUUAUUAUGUGAACCAACUUAGCGUGAAACUGUAGUGUGUAAUCGCGCGUCAGCACCUACAUCUAAUGAAGUGCACCCUUACCAAGCAAAAACGAAAUUGCUAAUUGCCGUUGUCAUCAAUAACAUUAAAAAAAGUGCAACAAACACUGCAUCAAUUUA